AUGCAUGUGUGGUGGCCUGGUUUAGAUGAAGAUAUUUCUCAGGUUGUUCGAGGUUGUUCUAAAUGUCAGCUGUCACGCAACAAACCGCCACAGGCACCACUGCAUCCGUGGGAUUGGCCAAAUAAUCCUUGGCAAAGGAUUCAUUUAGAUUUCGCAGGACCAUUCAUUGGUAAAAUGUUUUUAAUCGUAGUCGAUAGCCAUUCGAAAUGGUUGGAAGUAGAGAUUAUGUCCAGCACCGUGAGUGAAGUUACGAUAGAUAGACUUCGUGACAUGUUUGCACGUUUUGGAUUGCCCAAACAAUUAGUAAGUGAUAAUGGACCGCAAUUCAUGUCACAAGAGUUUGCCGAAUUUACAAAACGAAACGGAAUAAAACAUCCGUGUCGCACCUUACCAUCCGAGAUCGAACGGACAGGCAGAACGGCUGAGGGAAACGGUUCGAUCAAACAGAAAUUAGCUCAAUUUUUGUUUUCAUAUCGGAAUACACCAAAUAGCACCACUGGUCAGACUCCAGCGGAGUUGAUGCUUAAACGGCGACCGCGCACGCGACUGGAUCUGUUGCGACCACAUCUUGGAAACAAGAUGGAAGCAAAACAGGCCGAGCAGAAAUCAAAAUCAAUGACCAACAAUUCGAAAGAGCGAGAGUUUCCGAUCGGUGAGCCAGUAUUCAAAAUUUUCGAGGAGAACCCAAAUGGCUCAGAGCUACUAUCACAGAGCGAAUAG